AGGGCCGCCCGCACCAGGUUGAACGUCAUUGAUUUGGCAGUGAGGUAGUUAAUUUCACAGGUACAGAAAACUUUUCUCAGUGUCACAUGCACAUCAACAGCAAUUUUUCCAGCCACUGACGGAGCUCUUCCUGGUCUCUGAAAAAUAAAUAACGUACAGUGUUUUAAAUAGUGACUGAGUGUGAAUCAAAGUACUGAAAGUCUGUAGAAAAAUGAAUCUCUUUAUGGAGCUUUUGUUGUUUUUACCUAUAAUAAUUUACGCCUACAUAGAGGCUUUUGUGAAGCUUUUCAUUUCUGUGAAGAGGAAGUCUGUCAGUGGAGAGCUUGUUCUCAUUACCGGUGCUGGUCAUGGAAUUGGGAGAGCUACAGCCUAUGAAUUUGCCAAUCGACAAAGCAGAUUGGUUUUAUGGGACAUCAAUAAGCAUGGUGUUGAGGAAACAGCUGCAGAGUGCAGAAGGCUGGGGGCCACAGCUCAUGCUUUUGUGGUGGAUUGCAGUAAAAAGGAGGAAAUCUACAGUGCUGCAGAGAAGGUGAAAAAAGACAUUGGAGAUGUUACCAUCUUGGUGAAUAAUGCAGGAGUGAUUAUAGCUGCCGAUCUGCUGUCAACUCAGGACCAUCAGAUACAAAAAAUGUUCGAGGUCAACAUUCUCGCUCAUUACUGGACUGCAAAAGCAUUUCUGCCAGCCAUGAUGAACAACAACCAUGGCCAUAUUGUCACUGUUGCUUCAGCAGCUGGUCACUUGGCAACUUCUUUCAUGGUGACUUACAGUUCAAGCAAGUUUGCUGCUGUUGGAUUUCAUAAAGCCCUAACACAAGAACUUUCUGCAUUGGGAAAGGAUGGAAUAAAAACAUCAUGCCUUUGUCCUGCUUUUGUAAAUACUGGCUUCGUCAAAAAUCCAAGUAUGAGCUUAAUGAAAGUUUUGGAGCCAGAGAAGGUUGCAAAUAAACUGCUAGAGGGGAUAUUGACCAACCAGAAAAUGAUUUUUGUUCCAUCAUUUCUGAAGAUACAUCUAAUAUUGGAAAAGAUUCUUCCAGAGCAUGCCUUGGCAGCAUUGUACAAGCUGCAGAAUAUUCAAUUUGAUGCAGUUGUUGGAUACAGAAACAGGGUCAUAAGUGAUUAGGUCAUCACCCUCCCCCUCAAACCGCACAGGCUGCAGAUGAUUCAUGUUUUGAGUUCAGAUCAAUUAUUCAAUAUUUUGAUUCAUUCAGAGAAAAAAUGGAAGACUCAUCACUUGCCUUCCCACAGCAGUGACACUUGAUAAACACUGCUCUGAGCAUCAAUGAAUUUCUGCAGGUAGCUGGCUGGCUGAGUUCCUAUUACAAUGAUUAUUUUAAUGCUUCUGGGAUUUGCUAGUAUUGUAUAAUUAACUGAAUAUGUUAUGGUGCCAAGAGCUUUAGGUGGAAAUCUUUUUAUCAUUCUAAAUCUAAAUAAAUAAAUUAGACAUGCACACAUGGAUUUGUGUAUGUGACAACAGAC